GCCAUGUGACCAACUUUGGCGUUCACGAGACCGGGAAGCUGUAUCGUCCCCCGAACAGCCCCAUGACGACGAGCUCAUCGAUGUUUUGCAGCGCCGGUGCAGAUGUGUUGGCGAAUAGCACUCCUUCGAUAUCUCGCUGCUCUGAUAUACGAAGUCCACCUCCGCUCGCCAACGAUCGAUACCAGCUUGCAGGAGGUAUGGAGCCAACAGAUCGGUGCGCUGGACACGCCGGGGAUUACGACGAUUACUUCCAACUUGAAAAACAUCGCCAACUGUGGACACCUUCGAUCCCCUCUGCCCGGCCGCGAGACCAGCAUUCACCUGACGACAUGGAUUCCACCCCAACCGCGAAAGCGUGGGUCCUCAAUCAGAUCUACAAUCUCGUAGGGGGAGUUGCAGGCAGUCUUAUCCAGUUCUGCUCUCGCCCGUUUCGUGGUUUUCAGGCAGGAGGCGGGCAGGCGUACACAUUUGGACCGGAAGAAGAGGUGGUGAGAGAGGGAAUCAGGGAAUCAGCGCACGAGCAGGAGUUGUCCACACCAGUGCGGCCUCAUACCAUGGUACCAGCAAACUAUCCCGAAGACAACUACGGCGUGCUUUCGUUGGAGUCUCUGGACAGUGAGCGCCCAAGAAUGGCCAAAAGACUGCGAACAGCGGACAACUGGGUGAUGGUAGACGCAAAUGGAGACGUGGAAUCGCGACCUUCGACGCCUCGACUAUCCGAACGGCGACUGCCCAGCCAUACCCAAUCACCGUCGCGGAUACCCAGACCUGUGUCCAGAACACAUGAGCUACAGACACCCUCGAGGCGGCCUUCACUCAUCCCUGUAUCUCGACGGUCCACACUUGCCAGGCAGGCAAACCACGGGGCGCGUCCGGCCUUCUCCCAGCCCAGCAGCACACCGAGGUCGUACAAUCGCCAAAGCUACGGUUCGCCCGCCAUGUUCAAGGAUAGUAAAAGCAGCAAGCAGAGCCCGUUGCCAGCAGAGACGCAGCGCCUAAUCAACCAGAGACGUCGCGAGCAGCUUGAAGACGAGGCGCGCCUACACCGAAUGAGCUCGCAGAUGGACGAGAUGCUUCGGCAGGCGCGGGAGGCGUUGGGAAGGAAGAUUGAGAUAGCAGAGGGCGACUACACUUGAGAUAGCGACGCCGUAAGACACGACGACGGCAACUGAAAAUGGAUUCCGAAUCGCUACAACGCAGUCUCCGCUCUGAACUCCCAAGACGCAUUCUCACCCGAACCAGCCGCUGUCCUGCUUGGAGCCGACUGGGUGAGCUUGUGUGGAUCCGGUUUGAAAAUGCUCGGGAUCUCAGGAUUUCGGCCUCAUGGAAGUUUCCUCGUAAAGCCGGCCUCCCUUCGCGUUUCCGGUUGUCGGCAGCAUCUUCCGUCAGGCACGACUAGAUUGAUGCCAUGGGAUGUGGCCCCGCAGUGCUGGGUUCCCAGCCCCCCUUGGCACACGUGUGCCUCUGCUCCCCGCCAACUGCUACCUUUAGCAGCUGUUCAUGGGCCUGCUGUGAACUUGCUAAUGACGAAGGGCAUAGGGCCGGUUCUCACACCAGAGAUGGCUGGGUGAACGACACGC